GAUAUCGUCACUUCCGCCGUAGAUCUAGCCGUGUCACGUGACGUCGUGUUAGCUCGGUGAUUCUGCUAUGUUUGUCGUUUGUGUUAAUGGUUUUCAAAUGCAAUAUUUUUUGCAAUGGUUAGUUCUCCGACGUCAAUGGGUGCUCCGCGGCCACUCUGACUGUCGUUUUUACCGACGGAACGAGCAAUUUUUGAACAAGAACAAGGCCACUGUGCUUUCGCAUGUCACGUGACCAGCAUGCGGCGGAGCAUUUGAUAAAAAGAUGGCGUGAGCGCGUCGAGGCGAAGAGGACAACAACCUGCCGAAUGAGAGAGCGUUGAACGACAGUCAGAUGGAUCCUGGUCAGGAUUUACUUCUCGCUGCAUUAAGUGAGAGUGGCAUUUGCCCAAAUGAUAUUGGUCUUUUUGACGUUGAUUCUCAGGAUGUUACACAACCAUCAACAACAGAGCAGUCCAUCUCCAUCAGUGCCCUGGAUGUUGGAGGGGGAACGGAGGCAGUUAAAGCUGAGACUCCGCCUCCAGCUCCUGUAGUUGCUUUUCGGCACAAACCUCAGCCAUCAACCACCACGUUUGUCUUAAAUCAGCUGAAUCAGUUGCCAACACUAGGAACGUCUAUCACCAAGCAGUCAGUCACGAACCCUGUCAAACAUACCAUAACUGUCACCAAGGUGGUCCAUGUUGCAAAUUCAGCCCUAAAGGGUUCAUCUUCCCCCUCUACUACAAAUGCUCCUUCGUCAACCACAGUUGUGUCAUCAAACAGAGACCAGAUUCAGUUAAAAGACUUGCUUAGAACUGGACAUAUGAAGAACACUGUCCUAAAGGGCAACAGUCUGAUGGAGCUGAUGAAGCUGAAGCCUCCGCCUGAUAUCGCUACACCAGUGGCAACAGCCACAGGUCCAAGUGAAGUAAACAAUGGAAUCAAAAAGGAAGUAAUGGGUAAAGAAGCCACCAGGAUCUGGCUCAAUGAUGAAAUGAAAAUGCAAAACUUUUCACAUUCUCAGAAAUUCUCAGUGGAAGAAGAGCCUGAGGAGGAAGAUGAUGACGAGCUGGGUCAUGCAGAAACAUACGCAGAAUACAUGCCCAUGAAAUUGAGGAUUGGCCUGCGGCAUCCUGACUCUGUGGUGGAGACCAGUUCCCUCUCCAGUGUCAGCCCCCCUGAUGUGUGGUACAGGCUGUCCAUCCCAGAAGAAACCAUCGAUCGAGGCAGUCUCUCUGCUCUGCAGCUUGAAGCCAUCACAUAUGCAGCUCAGCAACAUGAGACAUUCCUCCCCAGUGGUGAUCGAGCUGCUUAUUUGAUUGGUGAUGGAGCUGGUGUUGGCAAAGGUCGAACCAUUGCAGGGAUCAUCUAUGAAAAUUACCUCCUGGGCCGAAAGAGAUCUCUUUGGUUCAGUGUCUCAAAUGAUCUGAAGUAUGAUGCUGAACGGGAUCUAAGAGAUAUUGGAGCCAAAAACAUUCAGGUUCACUCACUGAACAAGUUCAAAUAUGGAAAAAUCUCCUCAAAGCACAACGGAAGUGUGAAGAAAGGCGUGAUCUUUGCCACAUACUCGUCUUUGAUAGGAGAGAGUCAGUCAGGAGGGAAAUACAAGACAAGGUUUGAACAGCUCAUCCACUGGUGUGGGGAAGACUUCGAUGGAGUCAUUGUUUAUGAUGAGUGUCACAAAGCGAAAAAUGUUUGUCCAAUUGGAUCAUCCAAACCUACAAAAACUGGGCUUGCAGUCUUGGAACUACAGAACAAACUUCCCAAGGCUCGAGUUGUGUAUGCAAGUGCUACAGGUGCCUCUGAGCCACGAAACAUGGCUUACAUGAACCGACUGGGCAUCUGGGGACCGAAAACACCCUUCAGAGAGUUUGGGAAUUUUAUACAAGCUGUUGAGCGCAGAGGUGUAGGUGCCAUGGAGAUCGUAGCCAUGGACAUGAAGCUGAGAGGGAUGUACAUUGCCAGACAGUUGAGUUUCACUGGUGUCACAUUCAAGAUUGAGGAGGUUCCUUUGAAUCAGCAGUACAUUAAAAUGUACAACAAAUCUGUGAGGCUGUGGGUGAGCGCUCGCGAGAAGUUCCAGCUGGCAGCAAAUCUGAUGGACGCAGAACAGCGCAUGAAGAAGUCCAUGUGGGGACAGUUCUGGUCUGCUCACCAGCGCUUCUUCAAGUAUCUUUGCAUUGCAUCCAAAGUCUGCAGAGUGGUGCAGCUCGCAAGAGAGGAUGUCCAGAAUGGAAAGUGUGUUGUCAUUGGUCUUCAGUCCACUGGAGAAGCAAGAACACUGGAGGCCUUGGAGGAAGGAGGAGGAGAACUGAACGACUUUGUGUCCACUGCAAAGGGUGUGCUGCAGUCCCUGAUUGAAAAGCACUUUCCAGCCCCAGACAGACAGAAGCUCUACAGCCUGUUGGGCAUCGAUCUGUCUGCUAAGAAGACACCAUCACCCAGUGAACCUGGCGUACAACACCAACAGAAGGGCAAGAAGAGAAAGGGUACAGAGGUUAAAAAGCAGCAGAAGAAGAGACCACGAAAGCAUGGUGGUCUGUCAGGUUCCAGCUCAGAGGAGAGCCAAUCAGAGGAUUCAGACCGAGAGUCUGGUAAAGACGGUGACAGUGACGACAGCUUAAAAUCUGUCAGUUCAGCAGAUGAAGACGAUGACUUCAAUCCGUUCAGAGAUGAAUCUGAUGAUGAUGAUGAAGAUGACCCAUGGCUUAUUAGAAAAGAACCAAAAAAAGGUAAAGAAAAGAAAAAUAAAAAGAGAAGGAAGAGUAUUGAUCCAGACUCCAUUCAAAGUGCCUUGUUAGCCUCUGGGCUGGGCUCCACCCGGCCUGCUUUCACUGCUCCUGCUCCCCUCCCUAGCGCUCCUGCCACAGUUAAGGCAGAAAGUCGGGAUACCUGCCUCACAAGUCAGGACGCAGUAGAACAUGCACAGAAAAUGAAGAAAGAGCUGCUGGAAAAACUUGAAGAGCUGGCGGAGGACCUGCCGCCUAACACAUUGGACGAGCUCAUCGAUGAACUGGGCGGUCCUGACAAUGUAGCUGAGAUGACUGGGCGUAAAGGUCGUGUGGUCAGUAACGAUGACGGCAGCAUCAGCUACGAAUCACGCUCUGAACUGGACGUCCCCGUGGAAAUCCUCAAUCUCACAGAGAAGCAGAGGUUCAUGGAUGGAGAGAAGAACAUAGCCAUUAUCUCUGAAGCAGCCAGUUCAGGUAUAUCCUUGCAAGCUGACAGACGAGUGAAGAACCAGAGACGAAGAGUUCACAUGACGUUAGAGCUGCCAUGGAGCGCUGACAGAGCUAUACAGCAGUUUGGGAGAACACACAGGUCAAACCAGGUCACAGCCCCAGAGUACGUUUUCCUCAUAUCAGAACUGGCAGGAGAGCAGAGAUUUGCAUCAAUCGUUGCCAAAAGGCUUGAAAGUCUGGGUGCUCUCACUCACGGGGACCGAAGAGCAACAGAGACCAGAGACUUGAGCAGAUUUAACUUUGACAACAAAUACGGAAGAAACGCUCUGGAAAUUGUGAUGAAGUCAGUAGUAAAGCUUGAUGCUCCAUUAGUGUCUCCACCCUCUCACUUUAAAGGGGACUUUUUUAAAGAAAUUCAAUGCGGACUAAUAGGCGUGGGCCUCAUAAAUGUGGAGGACAGAUCUGGUAUGCUGUCACUGGACAAAGACUACAACAACAUUGGAAAGUUCCUGAAUCGUAUUUUAGGCAUGGAGGUCCAGCAGCAGAAUGCUUUAUUCCAGUACUUCUCAGACACGCUCUCAGCAGUCAUUCAAGAAGCCAAAAAGAACGGCAGAUACGACAUGGGCAUUCUGGACUUGGGCUCUGGUGACGAGAAAGUAAAGAAGGUAAACUGCAGGAAGUUCCUAACACCGGGCUACACCACGUCAGGACAUGUGGAACUCUUCACAGUAAGUGUGGAGAGAGGAAUGUCGUGGGAAGAAGCAACUCAUGCUUGGGCGGAUCAGAAUGGACCAGAUGAUGGCUUCUAUGUUCAGACCAGGAACAACAAGAAAACAGCCAUAUUGGUUAAAGAAGUGAACAGUAAGAAGAGGCUGUUCCUGGUGUACAGACCUAACACUGGCCGGCAGCUCAAACUGGAGACGUAUGCAGACAUAAAAAAGAAGUUCAAAAAGGUCCUGUCAGAAGAUGCCAAGCAGCACUGGACGGACCAGUACAAGUCGUCUGCACUAGUCUGCUCUCAUGCAUAUUGGCGGGGCAACUGUAAGAAAGUAGCCAUGGGCCUACAGUGUGAAGUCGGUCUUCGUUGUAGGACUUACUAUGUUCUGUGCGGAUCGGUGCUUAGUGUGUGGAACGAGCUGGAGGAAGUCCUGACUCCUGUGAGUGGAACCAAUGUCAAGGUGCAGAUUGUUCGUCUCAGAACAGAGGACGAGCAGAGAAUAGUUGGUUUGUUGAUUCCGGCCAACUGUGUGUCUCCAUUAAUUAACAAGCUGUCAACAUCGGACCACUGCCAGCAGCUUGCUGUGCAGGAGCAGCAGAAACGACAGCAGCUCCACCCUCAAAGUCUGAGUCAUGCACCCAAUACAUAGUUUUGGCUGGAUCUCUCUGCUUCAUUAGCGUUGAGCCCCCCUCCGCCCCUCGUGGUAAACUUCCAUUAUGAAGGGGUCUGCUUUGGUUAACAUCUGUGCGUGCACCACAGACUGGAGGACCACCGAUGCUUGAUCUGUUCCCUCUCUAUCCUAGUGACGCUGAAGGUCUGAGCUGCCGCUCUGUGGCCACUGUGGUGAUUCUCUGUUGUACAGCCGUAGAUGUACAGCUUUCAGGGUUUUUGUUUUCUUCUUUAAUUUUAUUCUGCAAAGACUCUAGUUUUCACCUCAAGUAAAUUUGACAGGUGAUGUAUUGUCCUCUGACAUUCAGAGUGAAAAAUGUUAUUGUUCCAGACAGUGUAAACUCAGAGGCCUGUAGCUGUUAUUCACUCCUCACACGUACUUUAAGAUGCUCGACUCACAUCACUCGCUCUUACUCACACACCCUGUCCCGUUGUUCAUACCAGAGUCAAAGAAGACGGUGGAAGUCUGGCUUUUAGUCCACAACAGCCACAGUAAUUUGUGCUUAGAACACCUAACAACUCCGUACUCAUUAUUCAGUACUAAUGUAGCGGGAGAGUAAUUAUUCGGACGUCGAGCUGCAGACUGAGAACCUGAUAAAAGUAUGUUGUCAUAUUCACUUGUGGACAUAUCAAAUCAACUUCCACCGUCAAAAACUGCUGUUUUACUGUUUCGUUGACUCAGAAUGAACUGAUUAAACUUACAUUCUAUAUUCUGCAUCAUUUUGGUGCUUUGUGUUAGUUACACCUCUACAAAAGAAAGCAUUUCUUUAAAAAGUUUUGAUUUCUUUGUAGUACAUAAAAAACAAACUCCCGCACCACUAAAAUGUAUUGUACAACACUUAAAAAAAAUAAGUGAAUCUUUGCAUCAAUAAACCAGACUGAGCCCAGAUACAUGGGUUGAAGAGAGGUAGUUUAAUAAACAGUACUUCAAUGUUCUGAAGAAGUUGUUGGAAACAAAUUAAAUGCAUUUUCCAAGCCAGCAUUUGUUUAUGAGGCUUUUAUAGACAACAGGAGAAUUUCCACAUAGAACAUUUACCUUGCGAUUGGCCCAGUUUGAACUUGUGCCCCUUUUUUAAUGGUAUCGCUUAGGUGGAACCAUGUAAGAGACACACUGACUGAGGAGCAUGAAUGAACAACGAAGUUAACUAUCCAAACUUCUCCUUUAUUCAUGAUUCAGAAUAAAGCAGCUCUAAUAGGUGUUAUUAUCUGACCUCGGCAUGAAUGGGUGUUCACGUGAGUUCAGUUUUUCUGACCUUUUGACCAGUACCUUGUUAACACUGUACACUCAUAGUGGCUAUAUUAACUGCUCAACAGGCGUAGUGCUGUUCGUAGUAGUUCGUAGCCUAGUGUCGCUUUCUCAUUCUGCCACGUUUCUUUACUUUGAUGGUACAGGUAAUUAAACUCAAACAUGAGAUUGCGUCACUGCAGCUGACCAAUCCCAAAGCUGGUAUGAUGUUGAUAGGCAUGACCUUGACUAAAAUCUGCAUCACUUUCUUGCUUUCAGUUUCCGGAGCACUCUGAUGUGUUUACGUCUUUCUUUAAUCCACUCAGGGGUUAAACCUGUACAAAGGCCGUCUUUACGUGACAGAAUCCCAAGGUUUCACGUUGUUCCUCAGAUGCAUGACUAGGACUGAAACGAUCCUUUCACGCCUCUACUCAGUGACGUUGUUCUGUGGCUCUGUCUUCAGCUGCAUUUACAGCUCAGUGUCUUUGCAGCACAUUUUCAUCAAUACCACACUAAUGCCUAUUCUUCCUUGAACCCAUUUUUUAAUAAAUCAAUGAUGGCUGUUGUUUAAAACUGCUCUUUUACUCUUUGCUUCCUUUGUGGGAUAUUCCAUUCUCUUAAAUCUGCACUGGAAGGGACAGUGUAAAUACUGGAUAUGUGAGCUGUCCCCAUAAAAGAUGGGUUUUCUGUUCGAUGUGUGGGUUAUUUACUCGUGUAUAGGUGUGUAUUAUAAGACCCACAAACAGACUAGUGUUUUUGUAUCAUGCCAAUGUGCAUUUUAUACCAUUUGUACAAGGAUCUAGGCUGAGUUUUUUUUCCUCCCACCUCCAUUCAGCAUAUCUCACAGUAUUGAUACAUGAAAAUACUAAUACAUGUCUCAAGGACAGCAGUUCAUCUCCUCUGUCCUCUGACCUUGUCAAUCUUCAAUCACAACACAAACCUACGUUUAUUUUUUUCAGUUUUCUGCACAUGGGCUGCUAAACUAACAUUGUUUUGGAAUGGGGUAUAAAAUGUGACGGCAGAUCUGAAGUGGAGAGUUUCUCCUUUUAUUGCACGAGUUGCACUACUGACAAAGAGUUGUACAAAAUUCUGCGUUACCUAUACAUCAAUGAUUGUGAUGCUCAAUAAAGCUUGGUAUACUUCUA